AUGGCAGAAAAGGACAAAAAGAAACUGUCAAGCCCAUCUGCAACAACACCCAUAACGAUAAAAACCGACAGUAAUGACGAAGAUGUGAAAUUUACUACCGAUGAUAUCGUUCCAGGAUGUAAAGUAUUUGUUGAAAAGGAUGGAGAAUUCAGAUUAGCUGAAAUCUUGCAACAGCAUAUGAAAAAAGGUAGAAUAGUAUAUUAUGUUCAUUACCAAGAAUUCAAUAAACGUUUAGAUGAAUGGAUAGAGGUUCCCAGAAUAGAUUUUAAACGAGCUAUAAUAUCACCUGAAGUUAAAGUUGAUAGUAAAAAGGAAGGCAAAAGUAAAAACAAUAAGAAAUCCAAGCUGAAGAACGGACAGAAGUCCAAGAAUUCCAAGAGUAAAGACAAAGAACAAUCUAAUACUCCACAACCUGACGAAAAGGAAGAUUCAGAGCCCUUUGAUAAAGAUGAUGAUGAAAUGGAUUUAGCCAAUUUGAAUGUUCAAGGGAUUAAACGACCUCAUGAAGAGUUGAGUAGAGAAGAUGAAAUCAAGAAAUUAAGAACCAGUGGUUCCAUGACACAAAAUAAUUCUGAAGUUUCAAGAGUUAGAAAUUUAUCAACCAUCAUAUUAGGUGAACAUAUUAUAGAACCAUGGUAUUUUUCUCCUUAUCCUAUAGAACUUACUGAAGAAGAUGAAAUCUAUGUUUGUGAUUUCACCCUUUCAUAUUUUGGUUCCAAAAAACAAUUCGAAAGAUAUAGAUCUAAGUGUUCAAUGAAACAUCCUCCAGGAAAUGAAAUUUAUAGAGAUUCCAAAAUAAGUUUUUGGGAAAUUGAUGGUAGAAGACAAAGAACAUGGUGUAGGAAUUUAUGUUUAUUCUGUAAAUGCUUUUUGGAUCAUAAAGCUUUAUACUAUGAUGUAGAUCCAUUUUUAUUUUACGUAAUGACUAAAAGAACCGAUCAAGGGCAUCAUGUGGUUGGAUUCUUCUCCAAAGAAAAAGAAUGUGCCGAAGGGUAUAAUUUGGCAUGUAUUUUAACUUUCCCUUGUUAUCAAAAGAUGGGUUAUGGUAAACUUUUAAUUCAAUUUUCUUAUAUGUUAUCCAAAGUUGAAAAUAAAAUUGGUUCACCAGAAAAACCUUUAUCAGAUUUAGGUUUAUUAUCAUAUAGAGCUUUCUGGACUGAUACUUUGGUUAAACUUUUAGUUGAAAGAAACAAUCCAAAUUUAGCUAAAAAAAAUAAUCCACCUCCUUUAGAUGGUGAAGAAAUUGAAAUAGCUGGUUCAACAAGUGAAGUAACUAUUGAAGAGAUUUCUUCAAUAACUUGUAUGACAACUACUGAUAUUUUACAUACUUUAACGACUUUACAAAUUUUAAGAUACUAUAAAGGUCAACAUAUUAUUGUUAUAACUGAUCAGAUAAUGACUUUAUAUGAAAAGUUGAUAAAGAAAGUUAAAGAGAAGAAAAAGCAUGAACUAGAUCCAAGAAAGUUACAAUGGACACCUCCUUCUUUUACUGCUAAUCAAUUAAGAUUUGGAUGGUAA